CCCUUGCCGACAGGGUUCCCGUGCCCCUCCCCAGAUGGCGGGUGGGAUGUGGCUGUUUUCUCCAUGCUGACCUUCCUGUGAAUCUCCUGGAGGGGGAGGCAGCUCUGGACCCUCUGCGUGGCGCUGGGGAAGCAACGGGUAACGCCAGCGUCCCGGGCGGAUUUCUCUCCCCAGGCCUGUGUGGAGGGAGCGCGUCAGGCAAGACCACGGUGGCCAAUAAGAUCAUUGAGGCCCUGGAUGUGCCCUGGGUGGUGCUGCUGUCCAUGGACUGCUUCUAUAAGGUGCUGAAUAAGGAGCAGCAGGAGCUGGCUGCCCACAACGAGUAUAACUUCGACCACCCCGAUGCCUUCGACUUCGACCUGCUGAUCAGCGUGCUGCGCAAGCUGAAGAAGGGCAAGAGCGUCAAGGUGCCGGUGUACGACUUCACCACGCACAGCCGCCGCAAGGACUGG